AUUGAACAAUUUUGUAUUUUUUCCAGGAUUACAUCAGAUAUCGAAAAGACGUUUACCUAUCAGACUUUUUUCCAGACAGUAAUGACUCUAGUUAUGAUGGCAUCAUGCUUGUUUGUUAUGUCUCGUGUUCCAGCAAAUUCGAUGUUGUUCUUUACACAAGCGGAGUACUGCAUAUGCCUUUUAACAUCUGCAAGCAUAUUUUAUUGGUCAGGUACUGGUAUUAUGGUGUCUAGCGAUGAUAUUAGUCAGGCGUUCUACGACGCGAACUGGUUCAGUACCAGUAGGAGAUUUAGAAAAGCGAUGCUGAUAACCAUGGCCCGAAUUCAAACACCUUUGUGCUUAACCAUAGGAAGAUUUGCGCCUAUGACUCUCAGCGUCAGCGUAGCGGUUUGCAAAGCAUCGUUUUCGUAUUACGCUGUUUUCAAAAGCGUUGAAGAAGAAGCGUAAAAUCUUAGAUGACCAUAAUGCAAACCGGACAAAAAAUUCUACUUUCUAUAAAACCGCAUGAGUUGGAAUCAUUAAUGUAAU